AUGGAAGAAGUUGUGGAGCUACAAAGAAGACUUGAUUAUCUAACGCCUGCAUUAGCUGAUAAGGAAUCACUUGUGGCGAAAAUGGAGAUUGAAAAAGAUGAAUUAACUGACAAGUUACGACAUGCAACCAAUCAAUUGCAGAUGACAAUUGAUGAAAGAAAUCGAGAUGAGAGAGUAUUGUUUGAUGUCGAAGAAGAGAAGAAAAAUGAGAUUGAUCGAUUAUUGAAGACAAUUCGACAUUUAGAAAAUACAUUAAAAGAAAUGGAAAAUAAAGAAGCAUCAUUAAUUGAUAAUAUCACUUCAAUGAAACGAUCACUACGUGAAGAACAAUUAACAGCUAAAAAAGAUAAAGCUGUUGCCGAAAAGGCUUUGGAAGAAAACAGUGUAUUGAUAAAAGAGAAUUCACAUUUAUCAGCAGAGAUAACACGAUUAGAAAUGAGGAUAAAAGCACUUAAUCAGCAAAUUGAUCAUACGCAAGAGAAACAGAUGAAAUUAGCAGAAAAUGCUUCACUAAAAGAAACAGAAAAAUCAUUGAAAGCGGAAUUAUUGAAAAUGGAAGGAAGAUUACAAACGGAACAAGAACGCAAUCGAAGGACUAUCGCAGAGUUGGAGCAAUAUCGAAAAGCUGAAGAGAGUGCACGAGAAUCUCGUGGACGAAUGCAAAAAGAAUUAGAUGCUUUAAAAGUAUUAUCUGAAUCAUUAUCCAAUGAAAAUAAAUCACUAAGACAUGAGAAAUUCAUUCUUACUGAACGUUGUGAUGAGUUACUUAAAAAGGGAAGUUCAUUAACAGAUAAUGUCACAAAUCUUACAACCGAUGUUGAAAGUUUAAAAGAAAUAAAUCUCGGUUUACAUCAAAAGGUGAAAAAUCAGGAAAAUGAAUUACAGAAAUAUAGAGAACGUUAUGAAACUAUUGAAAAGAGGUAUAGAGAGACAUCUGAUGAGCUUCAAAAACAAACUGCUAUGAGACAAGAAAAAUCAGAAGAAUAUGAUAAAUUAGCGAAACGUGUAUUAGAACUUUCUGAUUCUGUUAAAGAUAAAAAACCAACACCUCCUGGCAUUACAAUGCGACAAUCUAAAUUACCAACACCCUGGCCUGACAAAUCCUGUCAACAUCAGGUAAUUCUUGACAUUUAA